GCCGUGGAUCCCGCCCCGCCAACGGCCACGAUGCGCCGAAAUGCUCACCAUAGGAAAGGCCCCCCCAAGCUCGGGAAAAACAGAGCACAUUAGCGCCAACGAAGAACACACCGCGACGAAGAAGAAGCGAGCAAGGAAGGCAGGAACAAGGGAAGAGGCAAGAGAUCCUCUUUGCUGCGCUCUCUCGCGAGAGAGAUCACACGCAGCAAACGAGGAUCCAAGGCCGGAUCUUCGCUAGGGCGGGGCGGCAUUCCUCGCGCUGGUCGCAGAUCUCGCGGAAUUGGGCAGUGGGCUGCCGCCAAUCGCCGGCGGGGCGGCGGGCUAGCGCGCGGAUUCGAGCAAAUCGCGAGCUGGGGAGCGUAGAUCCCAUGGUUGUUCUACAGUGCCGCGAUCCUCGACCAUCGUCGCCGCCACAGGGGGAGGAGGAGGGCUGAUCGUCGUCGUAUGGACUACUACCAGCCAGUAGCGCCGCCGGGGGCCUCGCCAUUCGUGGGCUACGAGCAGCCGGGCGGCGUGGUGGAUCAUCCAUCCUCGUUCCAGGAAUGGCGGCAGGAGGGAUCAUCCCAGCAGCAGGCCGCGGCGCCGCCCAAUCCCACUGGCCUCGAAGAGGCGAUGUGGGGGCUGAGCUUGCAGAGCGCGGGAGAUCACCCCGGGAUGGUGGACAUGGCGGCGCCGGGGGGUGGCGGAGGCGGCGGAGGUGGCGGCGGGGGUGGCGGCGGGCCUUAUCCCGAGCGCCCGGGCGAGCAAGACUGCGUCUACUACAUGCGAACCGGGCUGUGCGCCUUUGGAAUGAGCUGCAAAUUCAAUCACCCUCCAAAUCGCAAGCUGGCUGCUGCCAUAGCUCGUGGCAAAGGCGAGUACCCAGAAAGGCCUGGGCAACCCGAGUGCCAGUAUUUCCUCAAGACCGGGACGUGCAAGUUUGGAUCCACUUGUAAAUACGACCACCCUCGAGACAAAGCGGGCAUCCAAUCCAGAGUCCAGUUAAACAUCGUCGGCCUCCCAUACCGCCCGGGCGAGAAAGAAUGCGCGUAUUACAUGAGAACGGGGUCUUGCAAAUACGGAGUGACUUGCAAAUUCCACCACCCUCAACCGGCGGUGGUGCCAUCCAUCUACGCCGCCGCCGCCGCUGCCGCCGCCGCCGCCGGGGCGUCCCAACCGGGGACGCCGAACGCCGCAACCGGGACGCCGCAGCACUUUCAGCCGGGGUGGCCGACAAUGAGACCGUUCCCCAGCCCGAGAUUGCAAGCCGGGGCGUCGAGUUACACCCCACUUCUUCUUCCUUCCCCACAAGGGGUGGUUUCCAUCCCCGGUUGGAGCACGUAUCACGAUCAACAGCUCUAUCUUCCCGGGGCGAGCUCCCCCACGACAGCCGACUACAGCCCAUUUGUGCCGGGGUCCCCCACAAUGGGCCUCCCGGCGGGGCUGCGCGAGCACAAGGGUGGCGGCGGCGGGGACGCCUUCCCGGAGCGGCCGGGCGUGGCCGAGUGCCAGUACUACCUCAAGACCGGCGACUGCAAGUACGGCGCAUCCUGCAGAUUCCACCACCCGCGCGACCGAAUCUCCGCGUCCGCACCCACAAUGCUCAGUCCCAUGGGCUUGCCACUCCGUACGGGCGUGCAACCGUGCUCAUACUACAUCCGGUUUGGCAUCUGCAAGUUCGGGCCGACGUGCAAGUUCGACCACCCGCUGGCGGCGAUCUACGGCUUCGGUUCCGAGGUGCCGGCGUCGCCGCCGUCGAUUCACCACCAUCACCACCACCACUUAGCUAGUAGGGCGACUUUAGUGGAGCUGGAGGGGCAGGAUCAGCAGCAGCAGCAGCACAUCCAGGGGAGCAGCAGCAGCGGCUCGCUGUCGUCCACGUCCACGGCGGCGGGCUCCUCGACGUCGACGAUGGGAUUGUCAACCACGACAUCGGUGGAUUCUGCGUCCGUUUCUUCGCCCGCCGCCGCCCCUCCGCCCAUUUCGGUGAGCUCCUCCUCGCCGCCGACUACGCAGGCUGAGAUUUAGGGGAGAGAGAUUCUUCGUGAGAUCGAAUUGCCAGGCACAGGGAAAAAGGAGGAAGGACAGGAUUUACGAAACACCAAUUUGCGACAAAUUUUGGGGGCCGAGUUGCGAGCAAAAGAUCAAAGAGAAGAAAAAAAACUGAAAAAAAAAACAACCAUUUUCUGGGGGUCGGAAAAUAAUAAGGCGCACUUGCUGCUACUGCUGCUGCUGCUGCUGCUGCUGCUAUCGUCGAUCAUCGUUUCGUCUCAGUGUAAAUUCUCCUCCCUCUUUUGGUUUCUCUCCCGCUCUUUCUUUUUCGGCUUGGCAGCGGCCAAACAGCGAUCAUCUCUUAGAGAACCUUUUGUCAUUCGGUCUUUUAUAAAAUCAGGCUCCCCGCGUUUUUUUU